AUGUACUAAGAAUCCAUUGUCAAAAGUUAAAAACAGCUACAAGAAUAACUCAUAAAGAACAGUGAAAACUUGGCUUAUGAAUAUUUAAAAAAGCGCAACUAUGUUAUCCUAUAAAAAAUAGGGCAUGGAUGCUAUACUGAAACUUUUACUGCCUUUUAAGCUAAUAACAAUCAAAUAGUAGUAAUAAAAGUAUUAAUAGAUAUGAAUAAUAAGGAAUAUAUAGACGCCUUUACUAAAGAAAAGAAUUUAUUAAAGACAAUCAAAAACAAUAAAUAUUCUCUAUAGAUAAUUGAUGAUUUAGAAGACAAAAAUUUAGAUUUCGCAGCUAUAGUUGUAGAACAUUGUGAUUGUGAUCUUGCUUAAGUUUUAGACUUAAAUAAUUUGACAUUUGAGUAAUUAGUUGCAUUAACAUUCUAACUUCUAAAUGGAUUACUAGUAUUUUAAUUAAAUGGAAUAAUUAAUGGAGGCUUAAAACCUUAAAAUAUUCUUUAUAGCAAGCAAAAAAAUCUUUUUAUUUUAGCUGACUUUAGACAAUCUUAAAUAUCUAGCUAAAAUUAAAAGCAAUCCUCUGGCAAUGAUUAAUAUUUUUAUGGAGAUUAAUGCUAUAGAUCACCUGAAGUUUUGAAUUAAUAGAAGCCUCCUUAUACUUUCAAAAAGGCUGAUGUAUUUUCUAUUGGAUAAUUGCUAGUAGAAGUAUUUCUUCAAAGAAAAUUAAGUGUUAAUGAGUCAAUGAAUCUUAAAUAAAAGAGCUUAUUUGAAGCUAUCCCAGAUCUGAAAAAUUAUUAAAAUAAUACAUUUAUAAACGAUAUUUUAAUAAAUAUGGCUAAUCCAAACUAAGACUAGAGAUUAGAACCUUUUGAACUUUUAUAAAAUAUGCAAAAGUUUACAGUUAAUGAGAGUUCAUUAAAAAAUUUAAAACUAAACAAAAACGAAGGCGAAAAUAUACCUUAUGAAACUAGCAAAGCAACAAAUAAAAAUAAUGUUAUUAUUCCAAUAUCUGUAAAUUUAAAUAGAACUAAUUUUGAGGAAUCUUAUAAUUAUUAAGAUAAUAGUUAAUAGUAAUAACAAUUGUCAUUAAUAUAAAAUAAUAAUUAAAUAUAAAAGAAUCCAUAACCUAAUAGUUUUUAGGUAGUAAGCAAAGAAUUAAAAAGAAAAUCUUUUGGUAAAUUUCAAAAAAUAACAGAAAAAAAGAUCUUAAAUGAUUGCUAAGAAGUUGAGCUGAAAUAUCGCUCUGUUUUUGAUGAAUAUGACAUAUUUUGCUGCUGUUCUUAUCCAGUAAAAAUAAGUGAUGUUACUAAAGCUCUUAAAAUAAUAUCAAAUAAUCACAAUAUAAUUUCAUUGAUCUUAAAUUUAUAAUCAAAUUAAAUCAAUGAAGAGGGUGCCAAGGCUAUUGGAAUUAGCUUAGAAGAAUGCCAUAAUAUUUCACUUUUAAACUUAAUUCUUAAAAUUAAUAAUAUUGGUGAUCAGGGGCUUAAAAAUAUUUGCUUAAGUCUUCAGAACUGCAGAAAUAUUACAAGUUUAAAUCUAGAUUUAGCUUAUAAUGGAAUUCAUGAAGAUGGAAUAAAUUAUUUUGGAUAGAGCCUCUAAAAUUUCUAUAGCAUUACAAAUUUGAGCUUAAAUCUUGAGAAUAACAAUUUUAGUGCAGAGGGAGUUAAAAUUCUUGGGACUCACUUAGAAUAAUAGCAAAACAUUAGUUUUUUAGAUCUUAAUUUAGGUGGAAUCAAAAUAAAUGAUUUAGGAGCAACCUAUUUAGGAAAUAGCUUAUAAAAGUGCCAAAAUAUUGUAUCUUUAAGUCUUAACUUAUUUAACAACAAUAUUGGUGAAAGAGGGGUUAAAGCUAUUGGAACUAGCUUAGAACAAUGCUAAAAUAUCUCUUCAUUAAAUCUUAAACUUGAUUGGAACAAAAUUGGAGUAGAAGGAGUCACCUGUAUUGGGACUAGCUUGGAAAAAUGUCAAAAUAUUUAGUCUUUAAAUCUUUCACUUAACAUGUGUACAAUAGGAACAAAUGGGGGUAACAUCAUAGCUACGAGCUUGUAAAAGUGUCAGUAUAUUACUUCUUUAACACUUUCUGUCAAGGAUAACUCUAUUGACUUAAUUGGAAUGAAUCAAAUAAGAUAAAAAAUUACAUAAAAAUGUCUAAGAUUAAAGAGUUUUUUAUUGAUUGGUGAUGAGAAUUGA